AAUGUAUGAACAGUCUGCGUCCGAUUGUAGUUCGGAUAAUACGUGCUUAGUGGUGUGAAGUGGUAAUAUUGCGUUAACAAGUGGAACUAAUUACAUUAUGGUUGCGUGAUCCGAGAACAUCGAUUUUGAGAUAACAGGAUGUGGCCGUCAGCUUCCUGGUCAGCACAGCUGUGCGCAGGACUGGCUUUGGCUCUUUCGCUGACCAUCGGCGAUGGCCGCAGAGACUACAAGGACCAAGAGAGAAUGAACUCUGACAUUUCUUUAUGGAUUGACGAACGUCAAGUCAGGAUGUUUAGUGGUAUAUCAAUGCAAGUAUUUGCUAUACAGAAUGGAAAUAUACAGCCAUAUAUACUAGACCCAAACUUCUCACAUAAGCUACCAAUUAUCCCGUCAGAGGUUGGGUAUGUUAAUUUUACAUGGAGAUCGAAGAAGAGAUAUUAUUAUAAUUUCGAUACACUGACGUCUUUUGAUCUUAAGGUUUUAAAAUCACCUAUUUUAUCAAUUAAAACUCAAGGGAGGGUGCCUAAAACGCCUAAAGAAUUCAGUAUAUUUUUGCCGUGUAUGGGCAACGUAAGUGGCGUAGCAACUUUUGAAAUCGGGCUAAUCCUCAAAAACGGACGAGGCAUCCCAUUAAAAGGCACCCCCCUAAGACUAAAUUUAAAAAAGGAAUGCGCACAGAGAGGUGUGUAUUUAGAACGGACAGGUCCAGACCCGGAGUGCGAUAAAAAGUGUGCGAAUCAGGGAUGGUGUAAUAGCGAAAAGAUAUGUCAGUGCCCGGACGGUUAUAUGGGGCAACACUGUAGGACAGCAUUGUGUUACCCUCAGUGUAUGAAUGGAGGAAAUUGCACCGCUCCAGGUGUAUGUUCCUGUCCCCCGGGAUAUCAAGGACGACAUUGUGAAGGAGGUAUCUGCUCACAAAAGUGUUUAAAUGGUGGCAAAUGUAUUCAGAAGGAUACAUGCGAAUGUCCUAAAGGAUAUUAUGGAUUGAGGUGUGAAUUUUCAAAGUGUGUGAUCCCAUGUCUGAACGGUGGUCGCUGCAAGGGAGUCAAUAAGUGUCGCUGUCCACCUGGGCUUGGAGGCAAUCACUGUGAGGUGGGGCGAAGAGGAGGGGAAUGCACAAGAGCGUGCAGACAUGGCGUGUGCCGGGGAGGCGCUUGUCUCUGCGAGCCAGGCUGGCGGGGACGAUAUUGCCAUCGUACUUAUGGUUCUUCAGAAGAAUCUGGAGAAUACAAAAGGCCUCGGUGAAAG